UUCACACUGAAUACCUGUGCCUCAGUGGUGGGAUCCCAGGUCAUCAGUAAUCAAAAGGAGUCUGACCUACUCAGAAAAUGGGCGGAGUUUGUGCGAGUAGUAGAUCCUGACAUUAUAACGGGGUACAACAUACAGAACUUUGAUCUGCCCUACAUCAUCAAUCGAGCCAAUCACCUAAAGGUGGCCGACUUCACGUUCCUGGGCCGACAGAAGGAAGUUAGAUCUGUGAUAAAAGAGUCCAUGUUUCAGAGUAAACAGAUGGGAAAGAGAGAGAAUAAGGUCAUUAACAUUGAAGGGAGGGUCCAGUUUGACCUUCUACAGAUAUUGCUGAGAGAUUACAAGCUGCGUUCCUACACAUUGAAUGCUGUGUCGUUUCACUUUCUUCAAGAACAGAAGGAAGAUGUGCAGCACUCCAUUAUUACUGAUUUACAGAAUGGUAAUGACCAAACUCGUCGUCGUUUAGCUGUAUACUGCUUGAAAGAUGCUAUUCUUCCUCUGAGGCUCCUAGACAAACUGAUGUGUGUCAUCAACUACAUGGAAAUGGCCAGGGUCACAGGAGUCCCACUGCCAUAUCUAUUGUCCAGGGGUCAACAGGUCAAGGUCGUGUCACAGUUGCUGAGAAAGGCUAAAGAGCAGGAUCUCUUGUUACCUACCCACAAAGUAGAGACUGGUGACGAAUAUGAGGGAGCCACUGUCAUAGAACCAGUCAAAGGUUACUAUGACAUCCCCAUAGCAACCCUGGAUUUCUCCUCCCUGUACCCCUCCAUCAUGAUGGCACACAAUCUGUGUUAUACCACACUGCUUAGUCAACACUCCAUACAGAAGGAGGGACUAACUCCAGAUCAGUACAUAAAGACACCCUCAGGAAAUUACUUCAUCAAAUCUCAGUAUAGAAAAGGUCUUCUUCCAGAAAUCCUAGAGCAUCUGCUGUCUGCUAGGAAAAA